GUGACGUCACAAAAGACGAGACAGUGGAAGGGUACAGACGGGUUAGGGUGCGUUGAAAAAUGUCUGAUUUUUAAUUUUUCCCGACACCACAGUGGUUUUGAAAAUAAAUAUAAUAUAAAUUGUGUAAAAUGUUUUGAACGCAUUUUUAGAACGUUUGGCUAUUUAUUGAUAAUACAAUUGAACACGUGGAUAAAAAAUAGUGACAUUAAAUUUUCAAUAGUGGCUUAAAUACAGAAAAAAUCCCGACGAAAAUAAAACAAGUGGAGGCGUGCUUUAUUAUCAUCAUCAUAUAUAUAUAUAGAGAGAGAGAGAAAGAGGAAAAAGGAUUCAUAAAAUUUGUCUACAAUUGAGAUUGGAAAAAAAGGCCAAAGGAGGUGUGUGAGAAUUUCAAUUUCCUUUUUUAUUGAAAUAAAUCAGGCCCCGGAGGACCUGAAAUAAAACAAAUGAAUUUUCUAAAAGAGGAAUGAUAGGAUGCAAGAGGGUAGUACCGCCGUGGCGUUAGCGAUGGUGACUCCUGGUUACGAUCAGGAUCCUGCCAGCGGAGUUGCCGAUUAUACGGCACAUCAGGACCAAGCGCAAUUUGAAACUGAUAAACGUGCUGUUUAUAAACAUCCAUUAUUUCCAUUGCUCGCAUUAUUAUUUGAAAGAUGCGAGCAAGCGACGCAAAGUUCCGACAAUUCGACAUCCGAAAGUUUCAAUAUGGAUAUACAAGCUUUCGUCCAACAUCAAGAAAGAGACCGAAAGCCAUUUUUAAUAAAUGACCCCGAGAUUGACGGCUUGAUGAUCAAAGCCAUACAGGUGCUAAGAAUUCAUUUAUUGGAAUUAGAAAAAGUUCAGGAAUUGUGCAAAGAUUUUUGCAACAGAUACAUAACGUGUUUAAAGGGGAAAAUGCAGAGCGAAAAUUUACUUCGAAGCGAUUACAGUCAUCAUGGCCACGAUAUGGGUCCGUCCAGCGGCAGCAACGGCAGCAGUCCGUUACAGGUGCUGUCAUCUACAGGCAAUGAUGUUGAGUCGGGAGCUAACGGACUCAGAGUGAGCAGAGGCGAUUCGCUGUCGGAGAAUGGGAAUGCAGGUCAAGUGGUUAUUCCUGGUGAUGGUGCAAUGGAAGCAGGAGCAACAGGAUCUGAACUCCCAUCUUCUGCUCGUUCAUCAUCGACUAUUCAACGUUUGGAUAGUAGUCAAGACCAGGAUGAUCCACUAGCACUAUCACCAUCAGCGAUUCAUGGAAGUACACCGCUUUCGCAAAUUGGAUCUCAUUCAUGUGUUAAUGAUAUGUACCUCGGCCAAGAGGAAAACGAUGAUGCGAUAACAUCCGAAAGAAUGUACUUAGAAGAAGUUGGAUACUGGGGAUUACUUCCAAAGCAAGAACGCGAAAGUGAAUUUGAAUACGUUGAUGUUGGUCUCGUUAGUGAUGAAAAGAGUUUUGAUAUUACUGUUGCAGGCUCACCAUCUCCAGUGGCAAGCGAUGAAGAUGAUGAUGGUUGUGGAACUACAACUUCGUCACAUAGUGUCAGUCACAGUAGUGCAAGAAAAGGAAGACAAAAACGAGGUGUCUUACCAAAACAAGCAACCAACAUUAUGCGUGCAUGGCUCUUUCAACAUUUAGUCCAUCCAUAUCCCACGGAAGAUGAGAAACGUCAAAUUGCAAGCGAGACAAAUCUCACAUUACUACAAGUAAAUAAUUGGUUUAUAAAUGCUCGUCGACGAAUUUUACAACCAAUGUUGGAUGGUGCAGGCGCUGAAGCAUUGUCACGUGCUGGUAAACGUAAUAAAGUUUCAAAGCAUGGAAAUCAACAGCAGCAGCAACAGCAACAAUUUCAACAACAACAAGUUGGUUGGCAGUCUGAAGACUCAGGUAGCGAUUCAAUUUCAAGUGAUGGUGAAGGAGGUGCAACAAGAAGUAAAGACGGCAAUGACAGUGAUGAGGAAGAUCUUCACUGACCUCUGUCGAUCAUUGAAACAUCAACCUCUCUUCGGUACCUUCAAACCCAGUUGCUCACUACAGUAUUAAGGUAUUCGAGGUUAGAUUUCGCUUUAACUGUCAAAUACGUAAUUAUUGUUGCGAUAAUCAGGGAUACUUGGGUAGAAGUUAUCACGCUCUUCUGCUGUCUAUCGAUCUCCAUAUACACACAUACACACACACAAUCUUCGGAAAAUUAUAACUUUAUAGAAGCCUGAUAGUGCCGUUAAGGGUUUUUAAUUAAUUUAAAAAAAAAAAACAUGCAGACAGUACACGAAAGAGUAGAAAAGGCGCAGUUUAAGGCUGUCUAUUUUUUAAAAGAAAAUCCUAUCUGCAUAUUGACUGAAGCACUACUUUUGCAGAUUGCUUCCCAAUUAAAAAAAAAAAAAAAAAAACCUUCCCCUUCCUGCAAAAAUGCUGUAGGACAAUUUAAGGCUUAGAAUAACAUUUUUACCCAUGUAAAUCAAUUUUAAGUACAUAGUAAAAUAUUUAUUUCUACAUUAUUUUUAACGUAUAAAAACAAAACUUUUGUGGUGUUUACGAAAAAAAAAUUCCCACUUUUUUGACUAUCUUUAACUAAUAAAAAAAAAAAUCUAAUCCCAGUAAUUCUUCAGACUUGAUAGAGAAGUAAUUCCUAAUAGUCAUAAUUUUAAAGGAAUUUAGAUAAAAAUUAUAUAUAUAGAUAUAUAUAUUACGGAAUGAACAAAGAAUAGAAUGCUGAUUCAAAUGGAAAAAAAAGUGCUUUUAGGAUUGAUGGUUCGCGAUUUUUCAUAAUUGCCAAUCAAGAUAUUUUUUUGUGCAAUAGUCAUUGAGGGAUUUAUUAAUAUUUAAAAAAAAAAUGCAAAAUCGCAUUUUUGACGCCUAUUCAUGUUUUUAAAUGAAUGUGUGUGAUUAAAAAAAAAAAAAAACGUGAAUAGACGAUCCGGAUUAAUAUUCUGUUUAUAACACACAAACACAAUUUCACGAAUACGUAAUUAAGAAAGAAAUUAUUUUUCAAAUAGAUAGAGAGAGAGAGAAAGAGAUAAAAGGCGGAAGCUAGUUAUUAUAUAAAUGUUGUUUCUAAUAUCGUACAGAACGUUUAAAAACCAAAAUGUUUUCAUUUUAUACUGUCGGCUACUAAAAAAAAAAAGUAGGAUCAAGAAUGCGCGUGUAAAAAAAAGAACUGCUUGUACAUACACACGUUUCUGCAUAUGCCAUUCACAAAAAUCGUUUAGUUUCAAUAAGCAGUUUUUUUAAUUAUCGUUUUUUUUUUUUUUUUGAAAUUUUUCCGCGUUUACUUUCAAAGGUUUAUUUAAAUAAUUAAAUACCUUUCAAUGAUUCUGUUUAUAAAAUCUGAUUGCUUCCAGUUUUUAUUUAAAAAAAAUUUCAUUCCAUAGUUUAUUUCCCUUAAUAAAAAUUACAAAAAAAAAAAAAACAAUGUAUACGAUAAAUAAAAAUUUUAUCUCCUAAAGAUAAAAAAUUAUCUCAUACGAACUUUGAACUUUAAAUCAAAUAUUGUCUUUUAGUCUGAAGCUAAUUAUUAUUAAUUAUGGGAAAAAAAAUUUUAGUUUAUGAAUUCUUUAUUUUGUGCCAUUUUUAUUUUUAUUUUUUUUUAAUUAAAGAGUGUGGUAACUUUCACGCGUAGUCUUUGUUCACGUCUGCAUCCGAAAAUGUGACGUAAUAAGAUACUGUCCCUCCAAGAUAAUAAUAACAAAAAAAGAAAAAUUGCAGAUGAAGAAGUUGAUGAUAAUGAUAAUAUUACUCAAAAAGUAUAAAAUAUAUAAUAAUUAUAUUUUUAAACUCUAAGUGUCGUAUCUGCGCAUGUACCAUUUUUUUGUGAGUUGAGAGCUGGUACUGCUGUACAUACAAAAUAUAUACCGAACGUUAAAAUAUGAGUACUGAAAAUCGAACGAUUAUUAUUAUUAUUAUUAUUGAUUAUUUUUAGGCCAAUAGAAUUUGGAAAUCCUUUUUCCCCAAUAAGAAAUGAUGAUACAAUUCAAGAUUUGAUUCUACAAAGACAACGCACACAUGCCAUUUUUUAGAAUAAGAAUUUUUAUGUUUGUAUUUCUUCUACCCUUGACAAUCAUUUUUAAAUUUAAUUUUUUUUUAGUUUCUUUCAUGAUAAUCAAAUAUUAAUUUUUACAAUAAAUCAAUGAAAAAAAAAAUUAAAUUCAAAAUAAAAAGAAAAAAAAAUUAAAUUAAAUGAUUGUGAAGGGUUAUUUUGAAGAAUAUACAAUUGAUAUAAUAGUUAGUUCCAUACAAUGUAUAUGAUUGCGAGUCGGAUAGACAAGUUUUUUGACAAUGAAAAUGCAAAUAAGACUAAAAAAAAAAAAAAAGGAUCGUUAUACGAAUGUGUAUCACGGUUUUUACCUGAUACCGAACUAUUGUACUUUAAAUAAUUAAUACUUAAGAUUAAAGAAAAAAAAAAAAAAAUGAUAGUAGAUUAAGAAUUUAGUUUAAGGCUGAAACCACGUAUACGUAUGUGCUCCGGCACCAGACGACUGUGAUAGCUCGGUGGGCUUCACUUGUAUACCGAUCGUAAACUAACUACGAAUAGAAAUACAUAUUAUUACCGAAGAGGUUGAUCGUACAUUUUGAACAUGAGUCGAAUAAAUAAGAAAAAAAAAUUAUUCUUCGUCCAUAGAAAAAACACGCGUAUAAAAAUCGUAAUUUUUGCAUGUUCUCGAUAAACUUACAAAUCAAAAAUGAAAAAAAAAAAAUUACUUCAUUCUCGCAUACGUCAUGUGCAUUUGUGUAUAACAACUUGUUCGAAAAAAAAAAAAAAAAAAAAACUCGCACGUUUUACGUAUUUUCAUAUGUGACGUGCAAUCCUGCCAAUUAUUAUAUCGAGUUAGGAAUGGAUCAGAGAAAAAUAUUGUUUAUGAUUAUAUUAUGAAAAGUUGCUUUUGAAAAAAAAUUCUAUAUUUUUGUUUCAUUUAAUGUUUAUAUUUCUUUCUUUCCAUGUUUAUUCUUUUUGAAAAUAUAAAUUUAUAUUGUAAUUAUAGGUUUGUUUAUUUCUAAUUUAAAACAUUGUUAAUGUUAAUGUUGAAUUUGUUAUCAAACGCACAUUAUGCGAUUUUUUUUUUUUUUAAGUUUUUGUUAACAGUUGAUAAAUACUGUUUGACCUUUAUAUCUGGACCAUUCCUAUGCUCAUUUGAAAUUUUCAGUCAUAUAAGCUAUAAUCUAUACUUCUCUCGUGUAAAUUUACGCUCUGUUAAUUAAGUUUAUUAAUAAAUGCCAUCACGCUUGCAAUAUA